GGAAGUUGUAGGAGGAUCUUUCCCUCUUGCAAAGCCCCGAGAUUAUUCUGUACCUCAGUCGUCGUUUACAUGCAGAGACUUUAAUUGUAGGAGUCUGGAAGGACCCAGAAAUAGUCCAGCUCAGCAUCAGAACGCUCUCUGCAGACUUGGACAUGGGGUCCUCCAAGAAGGUUACCCUCUCAGUGCUCAGCCGGGAGCAGUCGGAAGGGGUUGGGGCACGGGUCCGCAGGAGCAUCGGCAGACCCGAGUUAGAAAAUUUGGAUCCAUUUUUACUGUUUGACGAAUUCAAAGGCGGUAGACCAGGAGGAUUUCCCGAUCACCCACAUCGAGGUUUUGAAACAGUAUCUUACCUUCUGGAAGGGGGUAGCAUGGCCCAUGAAGAUUUCUGUGGACAUGUUGGUAAAAUGAACCCAGGAGACCUGCAGUGGAUGACCACGGGCCGGGGCAUCCUGCACGCCGAGAUGCCGUGCUCUGAGGAGCCAGCCCAUGGCCUACAACUGUGGGUAAAUUUGAGGAGCUCCGAGAAGAUGGUGGAGCCUCAGUACCAGGAACUGAAAAGUGAAGAAAUUCCAAAACCCAGCAAGGACGGCGUGACGGUUGCUGUCAUUUCUGGAGAAGCCCUGGGAAUAAAGUCCAAGAUUUACACUCGCACACCAACCUUGUAUUUGGACUUCACAUUGGACCCAGGAGCAAAGCAUUCCCAACCUAUUCCUAAAGGGUGGACAAGCUUCAUUUAUACCAUUUCUGGAGAUGUGUAUAUUGGGCCUGAUGAUGCACAACAAAAAAUAGAACCUCAUCACACAGCAGUGUUGGGGGAAGGUGACAGCGUCCAGGUGGAAAACAAAGAUCCCGAGAGAUGCCACUUUGUCUUAAUUGCUAGGGAGCCAAUAAGAGAACCAGUUGUCCACUAUGGUAAGCCCAAAACAAUGGUGACCUUCUUGGCUGAUUUUCUUUUUCUCUGAAAGUAGUGUAUGUAUAUAAUGUUAUUGGUAAGAAGAGAUGGCUUGUUGUCCUCUCUCUACAAAUUUUUGGAUGUUGUUUCCUUUCUCUAUUGUCAGAGGAAAAUAUAUACAUGGCACUCGUUUCUACCUCCAUUCACUCUUUCUUUUAAAGCAGCAUUUCUUCAGUAGCUAACCAUGUGUAGGACAUUGUGCUUGGAAUUGUGGGGAAACACCAGUAAUAUUUUUUUGCACUGUUUCACAGGGGAGUUCAACUUUAAAAAGAUUUUAUGGGUUACUUGGGACUUUAAAUAUCAUUUUUCUCUUUAUCCAAAGUAACAGUGAUUUCAAUACUCUCCUUGUAGCUUAUUGUAUUUUUAGUGAAAACUAUAAACCUCUUAUGAAUAAUGUCUUGGAAAGUUUCUAAAACAUUUAAGUCAUUCUUUGAUUAUUUAAAAAAUGAAUAUACGAAACUCUGGUAGAAUAGAAAUAGGACCAUACCUGGAGGCAGACCAUCCUGGUGUAAGGGCUCACAGUAGUCACUUCAGUUCUUUGUGUCUUGGCAUCUUUAUAACAUCGCUGUUUGAUUAAGUGAGGAGCAUCUGGAAGCACCUAGAACUCAGCUUAUUAUUUAGAUAAAUGUCUACAAAACCUAUGUCCAUUCAAAGCCCAUGACAUUACCUUGCUUUGCAUGAAUUCCCAGGUACACAUAAUGAUUUCAGAAAAAACCUCAGCUGAUCAUAAAUUUAAAGAACACUGAUCAUUUUUAAAGUACUCUG